AUGGGGAAUCUUCUCACUGAGUGCAGCCUUAUCAAUUGGGAUGAGGCAACCAUGAGUCAUAAGGUGGCUUUUGAGGCGCUUGAUCGGUCUCUUCAAGACCUGAGACGCAAUAUGAGAGUGAUGGGUGGAGUGACUGUUUUGCUUGCUGGCGACUUCCAACAAACUCUACCUGUCAUUCCACAGGGGACAAGAGCUGAUGAGGUAAAUGCUUCCAUAAAAUCAUCCUACUUAUGGCACCACAUUGAGAAACUUCACUUGACUACAAACAUGAGAGUUCACGUGCAUGGCAAUGAAAGCACAGCCACAUUCUCAGCACAGCUUCUCGACAUUGGUAAUGGAACUGCAGCUGGUGAUACUGAUGGUUUCAUCCAUUUACCAUUUGGUAAUUUUGUGCCAACUGUGGAUGAUUUGAUGUCUUCAGUUUUUCCUGACAUUGCAAACCAAAGCCUUGACACAACUUGCCUACAAGGAAGAGCAAUUUUGGUGCCUCACAAUAAAACAGUUGACGCUAUCAAUAAUAAACUUCUCGAUCUGCUUCCUGGAGAAAAACUCUCCUUCAAGUCCAUUGACAUGCAUGAAAACCUGGAUGAUAUGACCGUUUUCAGAACAGAAUUCCCUAAUUCCCAAAUGCCCGCAGGACUUCUGCCUCACGAACUCCAUCUUAAGGUUGGCAUGCCCAUCAUGCUGCUGUGGAAUUUGGAUACUCCAAUAAUGUGUAACGGCACACGGAUGAUAAUCAAAAAAUUAUACUCCCAAGUUCUGCAGGCAACCAUCUUGAAUGGAUCGGCUGCUGGUCAAGAUGUUCUUAUAGCCCCAAUGUCCCUCACUCCCUCCGAUACAAUCUACAAGUUUAAGCGGCUUCAAUUUCCUAUCAAACUCUCCUUUGCAAUGACAAUAAAUAAGGCACAGGGUCAAUCAUUGCAAAUGGUUGGUUUAAAUCUCACAGAACAAAUGUUCUCCCACGGUCAACUUUACAUUGGAUGCUCCUGUGUUGGCAGGCCACAAAGUCUAUGCAUUUGUGCAUCAGAAGGGAAAACGAGAAACGUUGCCUACAAUGAAGCACUCCACUGA